AUGAGAAAGAGGGUACAAUGGUCCAUCGAAGAACACACUCUUCCACACACACACACGGAGCAAUUGACAAUUGGUUGCAGAGAGUGUGGGAGGAGAGUCACAACUACCAGUCCUUGCUCUGCGUCCUGUGAGUUUGGGAGAGUGAGGAAGCUACCUGGAAACUCUUUCCUUGCGCUGCAAAACACAUUUAUUUAUAACCGCAAACCACCUUCUAUUUUCGUCACCGUCGAUUCAUCACUCUCUUCACCCACCAUCACCACCUCCGGCGAAUAUUGGAAAAUAGAAAUGGGUAAAGGAAUCGUUUUUACUGUUGCAAUGGUGGUCAUUUGCCUGAGUGGAAAAGGGGUGGCAGGACAGGAGCAUCAUGUGGUCGGAGCAGACCGUGGUUGGGAUCCAACCUCGGACCUUGUUUCCUGGUCUUCUGGCAGGGUCUUCAGGGUUGGAGACCAAAUUUGGCUAGCAUACUCAGUGGCUGAGGGAUUGGUGGCUGAGCUGAAAAGCAAAGAGGAAUAUGAGGCGUGUGAUGUGAGAAAUCCCAUAAAAAUGUACACAGAGGGUCUGCAUGGUAUCCCACUUGAGAGUGAAGGAAUGAGGUACUUUGUGAGCACUCAACCUGAUAACUGCAAAAAGGGUCUGAAGCUACACAUUGAGGUUCUGCCACAGGGCCAAGGCAUCACAAACAAUAAGUAUCCCACCCUAUCUGAUUUUCAGGCUGCUGCACCCAUGACUCCUUCUGCUUCAACCCGUUAUGGUCAGAGCACUGUGUUAUUGCUCACUGUUUUGUUUUUCGUCAUCAUAUACCUUGCUUAUUGACUCACAUCUGUCACUACCAUUUAUGUAAGAACCACUGGUUUUAUGUAUUAUUUAGAUACUGUUUCGUGAUGUGGGUUUUGAGCACCCACUGGUUUUAUGUAUUAUUGACUGACAUCUGUCACUACCCUAUAUUUCUUUUAAUGCGAGUAUAUGUCUAGCACUCUAGUUUUAGAAAGAUAUUUGGUUUUUUCAA